CUGAAAUGGAGUAGCAGCAGCAGCAAUAAUAAAGUUGGACAUACAGGUUAACAUUCAACCCAUUGCUCCUACUUUAAACGUCAGAAUUGAUGGCUACCUGUUCAAAACGUCGAUCUGGUGAAGACACUCAAACUCUUCCAGAGGUUAGGAUUGUGAUGCUGGGCUUUCGAGAUGCAGGGAAGAGUUCAGCAGGAAACACCAUUCUGCAGGGAGACAUGUUUGACCAUCGCAAAACUGUUGAGAGUGUGAAAAGACGGGGAAAAAUUGCUGGAAAACACGUCACUGUUAUUAACACUCCAGGCUGGGGAAGGGAGCAGCUGCUUAAAGACAGCCCUGAGCUCAUUAAAGAAAACAUUAUACUGAGCAUGGCUCUGUGUCCCCCUGGUCCACACACUGUUCUCAUAGUCAUCCGCGUCGAUGUAAAACUUACAGAAACAAACAGAAGGGCCAUGCAAGAACACGUUGAGCUCCUUGGUGAACGUGUAUGGAGUCACAGUAUGGUGCUGUUCACCUGUGGUGACUGGCUUGGAGACACUUGCAUUGAGAAAUACAUUGAGAGUGAAGGGAAGGUCAUGGAAUGGCUCGUGGAGAAAUGUGGAAACAGGUACCAUGUUCUCAAUAAUGUUAACAAGGAGGACACAUCUCAGGUUUUAGAACUUCUGGAAAAGGUUGAGGAGAUGGUGAGAAGGAACAAUGGGCAACAGUAUGAAAUAGACCGAAGGCGACUGGUAGAAAUAGAACAGAGAAAGAGAUCUUAUGAAGAAAAAGCAAAAAAAAGAAUGAUGAAAGUUGAGCAAUAUAAGGAUAAGCUGAAUUGCCCAAAAGAUGUUGGAAUAUUUCACAAGCCGAAGGAAGGUGCUAUCGCAGAUGUGACAGGAGCUCCUAGUCUAGAUCUUGCUACGGAAGUGCCAGUUCCACAGCUUGGAGCAGACACUGAAAUCUCCGCACUGGCUGUCACUGAAGGAACCGCAGCUAGAACUCCAACCUCUGAUAAUCCUGAGACAGAACAUACCAGAACCUCUGAAUCUGUUUCCACUGACAGAAAAGAUGCUGUUGGACCUUCACUCACUUCCACUGACGAAGAAAAUGUUGCUACAUCACCCACACCCACUUCUAAAACCAGAGGAGCAGUCAUCAGAACUUGUGUUGCUUCCAAUGAUGACAGGGAUAGCACCGGAUGUUCUGAAGUUCCCCUGGUCCCUACCAGGCAGUCUCGCAACCGAAGGCUCCCAGCAAGAUAUCAGAAUUAUCAUAUGUCUUGACAUGAAUAAUGUGUCAUAAUGAUGGCCAAUGGUUUGCUUUGCCAAAGCAUUUUUGUAACCAGACAGAGCUCUUCAUUUAAUAGUUUUUUUUUUUUACUUAUCCUUUGUUUAACCAGGGUAACCACAUUGAGAAUGGUUUAUUGAGUGUUUUUUUAUGUAGAUAUGUGUAUGGACGUUGUCAGCAUGAGCAGGGAAAAAAGAUGCAGUUACAGCUGCAUUCAACGGAAUCAGACCUGGCUACAUGAACUCGUUAGAGCCUGUGAAUAAACAUACAAGGAUACAAGGAGGUGUAUUUAUCACAUACAUAGAAAUACUAGCGUAAAGCUUGUAGUGAAAUUUCGCUUUGGUGUUCAGCUUUUUUUGUGCGAGUGUAAAGAAAGAAAUAUUUAAUAAAUAGCAAGAGAUAAAGAGUAUAACAUGCAGUGUGUGUACAGUCCAUGGCCAAGUGAGUAAAAAGUGUAAGUGCAGUUUAUUUAGUCUUGUGUGUUCAGGAUACGGAUGGCUUGAGAAAAGAAGCUCCUCCUCAGUCUCUCUGUAACAUUGAGCUGUUGAGGUAAUUGGAGGCCUUGGAUCAGGGGGAGAAAUCUCUUCACUGGCCAUAGCUAUAAGCAAUUUUCAUAUGUACAUUUUCCUUUUUUUAUUUUUAUAUACUGUGUCCAAAUGUCUUUUGUCUUUUACUUAUAGUUUUUUAAUUAUUAUUAUUUUAUGUUUAUUUUAUGUAAACAUUGUGUUGGGAUCUCAUUGUCAAUGUGUCAGUGUGUUAAUCUAGUACAAAUGCACAUAUCUUACCACCAUAAAUCUAAAUGGAUACAGGUACACAGGUCCUCAUUUCUUGACAGGGUGUUCUGCAGAAAAGGCAUAGGCUAUAACUUCCCCCUUGUGCUGUUUUCUUUUCCGAUUCUUUCACACCAUGACGUUGACGGUUUAUCAUAGCACAUAGGCUUCUAGGCUAUAUCAAUAAUCCUGACUCUGACCCUGACCCUUAUAGUAGGCUAGUGGUGUCUCAUUUCCAAGGGGAAUAUUUUCACCCUUAUACCCAGGGAGCAAAAGGGGUUUUACAGACAUGGAAUGUUGUAAAGGGUUGUGACCCAUAAAUUAUGUCUAUAGGACCUUCAAAGAUGGACCACAACCUGGUCAACUCACUACUGGAAACCUACAGUACAGGGAGGAUUAAACAAUGCAACCCCUGCUGCUUUUAGCCCUUCAGAAGGGGAGUUACGGAACAUUGUAACGGAAUAUUCUAUUCCGCAACAAUGUAAGAUUGUAAAAUUCCAUGUUGAAUUCAAUGAACCCAGAUCCUUGUAGAUGGCUCUGAAUGAACCCAUGAAAAUUCAAAAAAUGCGCUUAAAAUAUUAUAAUUCUAAAACGUUCUAUGGUAAUCAGCCACAUUUAUUUUCCACCUCAUGGAAUUGGAAACCUUGGUCCUCAAAAAACAGACAAUGAAAAUAUGUUUUAUCAGAUGAACACAUAUAACCUAUUUGAACUAGUUUCACUUACCACAUAGCAAUUAUGGCCCAUUACACAUCAUAAGCAUUUCAUUCAAAGUGACCGUAGCCUAUCCGAUGUCCAGUUUCACUAGCCUAACUGAUAAAAGAGGUCACGGUUGAGAUCUGUUAGCCUAAUUGGUGUUUUAUGGUUCUGGUAUAGGUUUUGUUUUCAUAUUUAUUUCAUUUAAUACAAUGUCUAUUAAUUGCACAAGUCAUUGUCUGUUUUACAAAGUCACAAGUUUACACAAGUCAUUUUCUGUUUAAGAGUUAAAAAAGAGACAGCUCUUCCAUUUUGUCAUGGAAGUGGGAGAUUCAACGGAUUAGUCAAUUCUCUCUUUCAUACAGUAACAUAAAUUGGAAAAUAUAGGUGCAUGAAGCCUAAAUUAGAACAUGCCAGUGUGCAGGAGUGCACCAGAAUGUAUCAUCACGUAUUCUAAAACACACAUAAAUACACUACAUCAAUUAGGCAACAGUAUUUCCAACCACAGCCUAUCUACAGAGUUUUGAUAGGCCUACAUAGGAGGAUUUGUUCGUCCGCUUUGACAGUUUGAUCUUUGUAGCCCAAACUGCCACCUUGUUUCAUAUGCAUUGAAAUACUAUAUUAUAGUAAACUUGUGUUUCUUGCAAACAGCACUCACUGAUGUACUUAUUCUUACUGUACUCUUUUAAAUUGUCCUUUAAAACUUGCUUUAGAACUUAAACUUUUUAUCAUGUUGUUAGUCGCUUUGGUUAAAAAUGCUAGCCUAGAAAUCUAGACGCACCCUAUAGCGGCAUUACAUUUGCUGCCAGGGCUAUAAAAAUGCGUCAGCCAAAUGUAAUGUAAUGUAAUGAUUCUACUGCUCCCUUACUUAGAGAUUUAUGUAUAUUUAGUGUUUUGUUUUUCUUAUCUUCUACUGUCUCUAUUGUGGAGUUUGGUU